GUAGCAAAGUUCAUAAAGUUGUCCAAACGUUAAGAACGUUUAGAAAACAACUUUCAUAAUGGUGGUAUUUGAAAAUCAUCCCCGCCUAUAUUUCUAAAUUCCAAUAUGCACCACUAACAAAGACCUCCCAGCCCAAGCAACCUUCUUUUGAACAAAUCAACUUGUGGGUGGAUUUGAGGCAACAAUCCACUGCCAAAAUCCAUCAGACAAACAUAUGAAACUUGUAUUUUGAGUCUUUUUUUUUUAAGUGCUUAACCUAUCUUCAUUUGCAAUAUUGUUAAUGAUCUUCUUGUUCACUCCCAACCAACCGUAUGUCUGAUUACGAGCUAGCAAAAUAAUGCCUAGAGUGAUUCUUGUUGUUGUAUCCGCCGUCUUCUUGAGGAUUUCAUCGACCUAACAACAAGGUUCCUCCAUAUGUGUGUGUUUUUUGCAAUUGCUCUGAAAUCAGCCGCCAUAACUGAGCUGGCAAGAAAUUGACUCCAUCACAACAAGGUAGCGAAUUGCUUUCGGGAUUCCGGCUGCAGCAGCAUAACGCCAUAACUACUGAGCAAUCGCAAAUGGCAACGAAUCGAUUGCUCAGCCUUUUCUCUCCAAGUCCACCGCGAUCGUAAAGCCUUUUUACUUGGCCACAUUCUUCGCCAAAUGGGUACAAACAACUGCUCGACCCUUUAAUUCCAGAAUUUUAUAUAAUCGAAAGGGACAGAGAAAAGCUGUAGGCAUCCAGCCGUCCUGGUGGUUCCUGCAGGCUUCAUUCGUUAAGGUACACACAAUGUCCUUGGAUGCUUCAUAAAAAAGAAAACAUGGGAGAAAACUGAUAGCCGAUCGAUUAAAAAAAUGAGUAUGCAUUUUAGAAGCACUUGCCUCUGUGUUGUGUCUGACACUAUGAUACAUACGUAGAGUUUAAUUCACAAACGAGUAAGAAAAUUUGAAUACCCGUCUACAUCAUAAGGUAUGGACCAAAGUGCAAAUCGUAUCGUGAUAGUAUAGUUUGGUUCAUGAUCUCGGCGACGAAGGGACAGUAGAAUGAGGCGAAUCUUGAGAGCCAUCUUGGGUUGCGACUUGCGAUUGAAAAUGUUAAUUAAUGUUUUUUCACCAAACUAAAGCUAGUUUUUUUAGUAAUUUUUUCCCGAAAGAAAAUGUGAAGAGAAAGCAACAUUAGAAAAGAAAGAAAACCCACAACCCUGACUGCAGCCUCCCAAACAAUAACCUAGAAUAACAAGGCUGCAAACGAGUAACUGUGGAUGAACGGGGACCGAGUUACCUCCAAUUCACAGUACAGCCUCUCAGACUACGGUUCGAGUAACCACCCUAAAGACUAAAGAACUAACUACCACCAGUGAACGGAGAUCGAAACCAAGAUGUCAGCAUGGACUUCAAAGAAACUAUGAACCAAAGGGACAAAAAAAAAAAAAAAGAUGCAAGAGCGUCAACCUAACAUGCUCGUUUGAGUCACGAACUACGAGACCGAAUGAGAAUCAAACAUCAUGGUGGACUAGAGUAACAAAACAGAUGUUCAUGGAGACGGGCUAAUAUCAGGUGACUAAGGGUUUCUUUAGUCACAUGACUAAGUCAAUCUCAGCCAUUGAACCUUAUUAAAAUCUAACGGUUCAGAUUAAUCUAGUUUAAUGAAGGGUAAGGUAGUAAUUACAUAGUUUAUUUAUUAACGAUUAAAGUAAAAUAAAAAAUAAUUGAUGUUUGUCCUUCGCCCUCUCGUCGGCCGGUCAUAUUCUGUAAGAUUUCCCGAAGGCGAAAUGACGAUUUUUGUGCCCCAAGAGAGAGUCCGCCGCCCAGUCAUAUUCUGGGAAUUCUCCCGGCGGCGGAACGACAAUUUUUGUGCCCUCCAAGUGAGAGCUACGUGAGAGAGGGAAUUUUCCGGCUGCGGCGAAUUUUUCGGCGGCGGCAGGCAGAGAGGAAAUCCGACAACCGUGUCUGUUUUGUUAUGUUUGUCAGACGAUUUUGUAAUUUUUAUAAGUAUGUUUUGUGAUUUUGUAUCAAUUCAAUUUGUAUCAUUUAUUAUUCUAGUUUAUCAUUUUUAUCUAUUAUGUUUGUAAUGUUUAUAUGACUAAUUUGUAUACAUUGUAAUAUGUAAUGUUUGUUUGUCUAGUUUAUAUAAUUUAUGUUGUGAUUCGUAUAUUUUGUAUUCAUUGAUUUGUAAUACAAGUUUACUCUUUUGUAUUGUAAGUAGUGGUAUUUUGUAUUGUUAGUAUGUUUUGUAAUGUUUGUCGGUCUAGUUUGUAUUGUUUGUAUAGUUCAUAUGUUUCGUAUUGUUUGUAUGUUUUGUCGCUCUAGUUUGUAUUGUUCUCAUGUUAUGGUUUGUAAGUUCUGUUUGUAUACUUCGUAAUUUUUCAUAAUACCCAAACUAUCCUAUCAUUAAUUAAAAAGUUUUUCCCACUUUAUAACCAUUAGAUUUGUAUAUCCAAAUCUAAGGGCUGGAAUGGAUUUAGUCAAGUGAUUAAGCACCCUCUUAAUCACCAGAUCCUCUCUCUCAUAGAGACCUCGGAAGAGGGAAGCCACAAGGGCCAAGGCUGGUUAUGCACGAAAGUUUAUUGGGCUGGUUCACCACUGGCCCGCUUGGCGUUGGACCUGUAGCUAUUAGCCUUGUUAGUGCACUAAUCUCUAUCGGAGCCCAUCAAGCGCUCUGUUUCGUCCCAGUUGGAAAAGAUUGCGAUCCCCCCGGAAAACAUAUGACCAGUCUGUCAACUUUCGCUGCUUUCCCUAUACUUUCUAGUUUUAGUCACAGACCCCUUGCCUCUUUCGCAACCAACAUUUACCACCAAAAAGACAUACAACUAGUUAGUCAAACCUUUGAUAACCAAUCUCCAUACACGCCCAAACAAUCUGAAAUCUCACUCCAAGUAAAAGCAUGAGCAGCCAAACCAUGCACUCCUCCGACUGCCACGUCACAUUUCCCGAUCAAACACCCCUCCCCUCCUCCUCCUCGGACGACGACCACCACCACGACCACCGUCCUCUGCUACUCCGACCAUCCUACGCGAGAUCGAAAUCCCUCCUCUUCGACGAGCUUCACAACUUUCGUAUAAGCCUCAAGUGGUGCGCCCUCGACCACUCCACACCCCUCGGCCGAUCCAUCUCCUACCUCACAUUCUUCUUCCUCGCCGUCCUCGUCCCUAUCCUCACCUCCCUCUCUUACCACGACGACGACGAGGACCACGAAUCCACCGACGACCUCCCGUUAUCAUUCAACAAACUCGUGCAAAUACCUGAAUCCGGACUAGCCCUCGUCUCAUUCCUCACCCUGACAUCAUUCUUCCGCCGCUACGGCCUCCGACACCUCCUCUUCCUCGACGGGCUCCACGCCGACUCCCCUCACGUCCGUCGCGGCUACUCCCUCGAGCUCCACCGCGCAUUCCGCUACCUCGCCGCCAUACUCCUCCCUUCCUUCUUCCUCCAGCUCGCCCACAAGAUCGUCUUCUUCUCCACCGUCCGACUCACCAUCCCGCUCCCGGCCUCUGCUUGUCUCCCCGUGGAUUCGAUCAUGUUCCUUCUCGUCAUGGGGUCGUGGGUUUACAGGACGGGUGUGUUCCUGCUGGUAUGUGUUCUGUUCAGGCUGACAUGCGAGCUUCAGAUCAUGAGGUUCCAGGGGCUGCACCAGCUGUUCCAAGGGUUCGAAUACUCCGACGGCUCGUGUGACGCGAUAUACGGGGAGCACGUCAGGAUCAAGAAGCAGCUGAGGUUCACCAGCCAUAGAUAUCGCUCCUUCAUUAUUGCCUGCUUGGUUACCAUCACGGUUAGCCAGUUGGGUGCUCUGCUUCUCAUUCUCGCGUCCCGCUCUCACAAAAGCUUCCUCAACUCCGGGGAUCUCGUCAUAUGUUCAGCGGUGCAGCUGAGUGGGUUGUUCUUGUGCCUGAUGGGAGCGGCGAGGAUCACGCACAGAGCGCAGGGGAUUGUGUCGCUCGCGUCGCGGUGGAACAUGAUUGUGACGAGCAGUACUGGUGCUGCAGCUAGAAGCAGCGGCGCCGGGAAAGGGAAGAAGAACCAUGCCUCCAAGGAGAACAGCGGCAGCGACGGGGACUCUGACGAUACGUCAUCGUCCUCGACGUCGGAAGUUCUGAUCUCGGUUUCUGUUGAUGGGGAUCAUAACGGAUCUUCUUCCUUCCAAACAAGGCAAGCUCUGGUGGCGUAUCUGCAGCACAACAACGGAGGGAUUACACUGUUCGGGUUCCCGCUGGAUCGAGGAUUGCUGCAUACCCUCUUUGCCUUUGAGUUCUCUUUGGUGCUUUGGAUACUUAGUAAAGUUGUCGUUCUAUAAUUGAUCAUGAGAAAGAUACCAAAUCAAGGUACCGUCUUUUAUCUGUGGCUGUAGCAACUGAAAGA